AUGAGAUCGCCGCUCUCCAGCAGCACCAGGACCCUGCCAGCGAUGGGAAUCGCCGAGGAGCUCGCUCGUCAGAUCGAUUCUGUCGGUGGCGACCCAGCUCUUGCCAAUGAGGCGUCCACUUUCGCUCCUGGCGAGAUUGGCGACGAGACUGGCGCAGGUAACACCUGUAACGUACUCGACGAUGAGGCUGGCUGCAUCAACAGCCAGAACCUCCGUGUUGACGACCUCUCCGCUGCCGAGAUCGAGGCUGCCGUUGCUGGCGGUGCUGGUGGUGCUGCCGUUGAUAAUGCUGCCGCAGCUGGAAACGCCACCGCUGUUGCCCCUGAAGCCAAGGGAAAGGGAAAGGCCAAGGCCAACAAGGGCAAGAACGCAGUGGCUGCUGACGCUUCCGCGGAUGCCCUUCAGCAGAUCCAGGCCAUUGCCUGUGCUGCUUAA